CUUCUCUUAGUUAGACACUGCAGCGUUCACAGAGGAAGUAAGACAUGAUGUGCUCCCACUGCCAGUGACAGAUUUUAGGAAAACAACACGGUCACAAAGUGCGAGUCCAACUGUCUUAAUUAAGGAUAAAGGAUUAUUCUUUGGAGCAUCUUUACAGAGUAAAUUAAAGGAAGUCUCACAGGAAAUACACGACAGCCCUUCAAAUUCUACACAGGGCUCCAUUUAGCAGUUUCAUGCCCUAGAUUGCACUACGUCAGGUCCACCUUCAGUUUUCUGACUUUAUUGGAACACAGUGGAAGAUGUCGUGCCUGAAGUGCCUGAAGUACACCAUGUGUGUGGUGAACUUCAUCUUUUUUGUCUGUGGGGCUACUGUCUUUGGAUUCGGCAUCUAUUUGAUGACAUCCUCCAGGUUCUCUUCCAUGCUCCCCAGUCUUCAGGCUAUGAACAUUGCAAACUUGCUUUUCAUCACUGGGAUCAUUAUCACCUGUGUCUCCUUCUUGGGCUUUCUUGGAGCCCUGAAAGAAAAUCGUUGCUUGCUUAUAUCUUUCUUCAUACUGUUGUUAAUUCUAAUGUUGGCUGAGCUGACUGCUGCCUGCCUUUUGAUGCUGUACGAGGGAAAGAUUGAUGAUUUCAUUGAUAAAGAUCUUAAGGACGGUUUAGAAAAAUCCAAAAAUAGCAGACUCAAUGGAACAGUUGAAGAUGACUGGGACAAAGUGCAAAUAGCUUUUCAGUGCUGUGGAAUCAGAAACCAUACAGAAUGGGGGACACCUGUGCCGAAGUCAUGCGAAGACACAAGAAAUGGAACACGUUAUUGGUCGCAGGGUUGUUUAACAAAGCUGAAGGGUGCAUUUGAAAGAAACAUCUUGAACAUAGGAAUUGGUGUCAUUGUUGUCUGCAUUAUUGAGGUCUUGGGUAUGUGUUUCUCAUUGACCCUGUUCUGCCACAUAAGUCGAAGUGGGUUAGGAUACAAAUAAGCAAACACAAUGUUUCCAUAUUUCACAGUUUGUGUUUUUAAUAAUGUUUGUCCCACAAAUACCCAAAGACAAGAUGACUUCUAUGUAUAUGUAAUGUGUCCUCCUCUAAGAAACAGUUCACAAAAUCCAUAAUAACUGUUACCGCAUUAUUGUUAUUAUUAUUAUUUUGCAUGUAUGAAUUACAGUUAUUAGAGCAGUUAAAUCAGAAGUGGUUAAAAAAAAGAAAGAAAAAAACUUUGCCUUUGGCCAUCAAAGCUUGAAAGGAAACUUUCUAGGGGGUUUUAGGCACUGAAUUCACCCACUUUCAUCUGAACGUCAAGUUAUAAAAAGGGUGUAAGAGAGAUUUUCCAUGAUGAAUCAUCUUUACACAAAAAUAUAAUGGCAUAUUACACUGUAUAUAAGUAUUGAUUCUUUCACGUCAUAUAAUUAUGUUUGACCUAAUAUGUUGAUGUAUCUGACUUUUUACAUAGACUAUAUUUGACUUAUGUACAAUACAAAGCACUUAUUUCUGAUCACUUCCUUUUCUGACUAGCUGUAGCAGUGACUAAACCAUGUGAUUUCCCAGAAUAAGCACAGGGUGGAAACCACACAUGCUUAUUUAAAACCAUUUACACCAUUUGUAAUGCAUUGUUUUUUCCUUUACUUUUCUCUGCAAACUAACGUGAAUUAAACUAAAACAGAAUGAAAA